AUGCGCCCAGUCAACAAGUGGUCCACCUUCGCCGCCAGCUUGCCCAUUGGGCUGAGCAGCGGCAUAGUCUACUGCUUCUCCAUAUGGUCUGCGGAUCUGAAGGCGGCCUACCACCUUGACCAGGGCCAGCUGCAGCUGGUGGGGGCCGCCGCCAACAUCGGGGGCCUGGCCGCCAUCUUCGCCGGCCUGCUGUAUGACGCGCUGCAGGACUGGCACCAGCUGGGCCCCCGCCUGGUGCUCCUCCUGGGCAUGGUCACCAACCUGGGGGGCUACUUGGGCCUCUGGGCGGUUGUCACAGGGCGCAUCUCGCCGCCGUACUGGCAGGUCUGCGCCCUGGCCGCAAUUGCCUGCUCCGGCAACACCUGGACCGACACGGUGGUGCUGGUGACCAACGUGCGCAACCUGCCGCAGCACCGCGGCACGGUGGUGGGCAUCAUCAAGUCCUGCGAGGGCCUCUCCGCCUCCGUCUUCACCGCCAUCUACCUCGGCGUGUUUGCGCCGCACGCCAAGCCCUUCCUCCUGUUCAUGGCCGUCGCGCCCGCAGUCAUCGACCUGGUGGGCACGCUGUUCGUGGGCCACGUGCCCUUCAUCCAGCACAGCGAGCUGAAACGACGCGGGCGGCGCACCUUCACCACCGAGCGACGCUUUGCCUUCACGCUGUGCGUGCUGGGCACGGUGGCCGUCUACCUGGCGGCCACCGCGCUGGCCGCCUCCCACGUCUCCCCCGCCGUGCACAGCGUGUUUCUCCCCCCCGUGCGCAUGCUGCUGCACCCCAACUUCUGGCUCCUCUUCUGGCCCUGCUUCUUCGGCAUGGGCGUGGGCCUGGUGUUCGUCAACAACGCCGCGCAGCUGGUGCAGUCGUUGCACGGUCCGCCCAACGGCCACGCCCCCCUGCUCUCCCUCUUCUCCGUCGCCAACUUCGCGGGCCGCGUGUUCACAGGCUGGCACUCGGAGCGCGCGCUGCACGCGCGCGGCACCCCCCGCCCCAUCUACCUCGUCGCCUUCUCCGCCGCCACCGUGCUGGUCUGCCUCGGCUUCGCCGCCUCCCCCCGUGCCACCCUGCCCCUCCUCGCCCCCCUGGCCGGCUUCACCUUUGGCGGCACCUGGACCCUCAUGUCCACCCUCGUGUCAGAGCUGUUUGGCAUGAAGCACUUUGCCUCCAACUACUGCGCCUUCCAACUGGCCCCCGCCGCCGGCAGCUACCUGCUGGCCACGCGCCUGGCGGGCGCGCUGUACGCCGCCGCCAUGCGAGCCACGGGCCAGCAUGGGACCACGUGCCUGGGUCGGCGCUGCUUCGCCACCACCUGGCUGGCCCUGGCCGUGCUGGGGCUGGCCUCCACGGGCAUGGCCGCCUGGUUGUUCCUGAGGACAAAGGACGCGUACCGCGCCGAGUACGAGGCAGUGCACGCCUUUGACGAGCUGACCGACAGCGAGGACGACGAGGAGUGA